AGUCAACCGAGCAUCAUGAACACAUAUACGGUGGUCCUCGCCUUCGCCAUGGCUGUGGCCACGAUGGCCGAGCCGCCGUCGGGCGGCUACAGCUACAGCCGUUUCGGCGGCGGACACGGGGGCGGCGUCAGCUCCUCCUACGGCGUGCCCUCCCCCAGCUACGGCGUGCCCAGCUACAGCGCUAGAGUCGUCGGCAUCGACCUCGAGGGCAUCAAACAGGCCAUCCAAGUCGCGCAGUACAACCAAGUCAGCCACCAGGCCGGAGGUGGCGGCUACCCCAGCGGCCCUAGCAGCAGCUACGGUGCGCCUAGUCGUCCCUCGAGCUCCUACGGGGCCCCCUUUUAAGCUCUGAGAGCUGCAGAACUGAACUGAGUGUACAUACACCCAUCCAUCACACGGGUCAUGAUGCAUCAAACACCAUGCAUUGAUUUCUUUUUUGUAUAAAGCUUUUUGUAGGUUAUGUUUUAUAAAAAAAUACAUUUGUCACCGUAAAA